GCCGAUAUCUCUACCAUCACUGAGAUGAUAUCGCACCGAGUUCCACGCCGUCGUCGCUACACCCACCGUCAACAGUCAAUCAUGAAUCUAUGACCGAAGUCUCAAAAUGAUGUCCAAUACAGUUUCGUCUUACGGGAAUCGUGAGCGACCAUACAUGGCUUUCGACGCCAUAUCCGUCUCGCCUUUCACCGGUAAUAGAUGUCUAUAUAUGUAUAUGUGUAUGUAUAUAAUCCAAGCGGAGACUAGCUUCGACCUGCGAGACCCGUAUCAACGGCCGCUUAAACUUAAAUCACACAAACCCACGCGAGAACCGCCGGCACGCUCAGACGGGGGGAGCUCCAGCGCUCCAUGGCGGGGCCCGCAACGGACCUUGCCCCACCGGCUCCCGAAGUGUGGAGUCCUCCCGGCUUAGCCCAACCUCGGCGCGGGACCGACCCGUCUGCCACAAUCAUGAGGGUCAGCGUCGAUUCCAUCAACAUCGGGGAAUCACUCAAAAUAUUAUUCGCCAGACCCCGAAGAGAAGACUGGACGACUGACGAGGGUCUGGGAAGCGACUCUGUUGGUAACCCUUGCAGUCGGCAAACAAUCUGGAGCAGUGAUGUACAUCCUUGUCUUCGCAGCCAUCCGCCGAGUCGCUAUCCGUAACAGGGACCUUGGCGAGACGUCGUUAGGUGUCAAUACAUGCCAUCAAGGUUGCUGCUUCACUGUCACCUUUGUCCAGGAAUCGGCAAGCUUCGUUGGAUGAGCCUUGUUACGAGAGAGAGCGAGCGGGUGAACGGACUACUCUGUCUUGCUUGACGCAGCUUUAGCUUCCAGCAACGAAAACCGAGCGUUCCGAAGCUGUCAUGUCUGCGAAUGAACAUGCUCUUUUCAUGAGGCUCCAUUACUGCAGACCAGACUCUGACCUUUUUCGGGUAUAAACGCAGUCGGGACACUCGAAGCAUGAAGCAAUACAGCCACCAUGCAAGGGUAAUAUGUAUCACCCUUGUGUUGAUCACAGAGAUGUGGUCACAUCAAGCGCUGUCUAGGAGCAUCCGGAUGGCGAUGGCCACCCAAGGACUACUAUCACUGGUACCAUCUCUGCCGCUGUCUAAGAAUACAGUCUCGGAAACUCCGGUACGAUUAAGAAGUCGGCUAACGACCGCGGUUUAUAUCGAGGCUAUCUUUUGCAACGUUCUUUGUUCGGACGACUGGAGCUGUCUUCACCAAAUUGCUCCCGUCCUUCUCUCUCUCUCUUUUUCUCCACUCUACUUUUCUUUCUUCCUUCCUCACUAAAUCGAAAAACAGAGAAGAAAGACGAGAAUGAUAGAGACGGCAACGCAUGAUACGGCAAUUAAGAAAGCGGUGGAUAAGACAGCGGUAGAAACGGCGACGAUGGAGCAUGGUAGAGAAAACAACGCUGAAGAAGGCAAUGCUGAAGAAUGAGACUGGCGAUAGAUAAUCUUAUCGAUAGGCGACCUCGAAUGAGGACGAUGCCUAUCGUGAAUAAUUUCAGGAACUGAAAGGCAGGAUACAGAGCAUUUUAGGACGAUCCUGGACGACACUGUUGACCAAUAAAAAUCUGGAUUGGC